AAGAUCUUCGUGCUCAUCUUCAACCCCCGAUCCGACAACGAAGGGAUAUAUACACUGCAAGUGCGAGCAAAGGAUGGAAAGCUUAUUAACACGGUCGUCUUCUUCGAGGAGGAGGAGGACGCUAUCAGGUACGCGGGGCUCCUGGAAGCGCAGGACUUUCCUAGCCCGCACAUCGAGCCUCUGGACCCGAGGGAGAUCAAGGGGUUUGCGGAUGAGUCCGGGUACCUGACCACCUUCAUCCGGGCCGGGACUCUCUUCUUCCCGCCCGAA